UGUUCCAUACUGCUAGACCCUGAUGUGCAGCUGUACACCCAGGCCACGAAAAACAAUAAGGGCAUAAUGUUAACCAUGACGUUUAACAACCUGAGCAAUGAGCAACGCACCAUCACCUGCAAAAUCACUGGCAAAGUGGAAUUCUACACUGGAGCCACCCGGACCCAGUUCAUGUUCCUCACCCAUGAGAUGGCUCUCCAGCCUUUGGAAUCUAAGCAGGAGGUCAUCACGGUGGCAGCAGAUGAGUACAAGAACAUCAUCAUAGGCCAGUCUUUCCUGUGCUUUCUUGUGUAUGGCUUCAUUAACGAGACCACCAUGUCUCUCUCUGCCAUGGAACCAAUCCAUCUGGGCACCCCGCAACUUCUCCUUGAGGUACAUACAUAGAGUACCUCACAAAAGUGAGUACACCCCUCACAUUUUUGUAAAUAUUUGAUUAUAUCUUUUCAUGUGACAACACUGAAGAAAUGACACUUUG